UUCUUGAAAUAAUCCUGUCAUUUCUAUCGUGUGUUACCAAUCUAGUCUAAUAAGUUAAAUUAGUUGUUUGUGUAACCGAUGUGUGUUAGUCAACUUUCUGCGUCCACUCAAUAAGCGUGUGCCAAAUAGCCACUGUUACGCUUGGCUAGUUUGCGUGAUAGAAUUUUCUUGACUAAUGUUAGCUGACUGUUUCCCAUUGAAUAAUAUGCCAAGCUAGUUGAUUACGUUAAACAUGUACGUUCAGUUAACGAGCUGUUUAGUUACGUUAGCUCCAGUUAUUAACUAGUUCGCUCGUCAACCAAGAGCUUGGUUGGUUUCAUUUUGAUCUUUGUAGCUAACUGGCUAAUAGCCAGAGUGUGUGAUUAAUGACAAGGACGAGUUUGUCUUUAACCUAAACCUAACGACGAAUCUGAUGAGAUAACGAUGCUAAAUGGCAAAUGCAGGCCACGUUUUUGUUACGUGAACGGAACACUAGUCUGAACUAGCCUGUUAUUUUGGUGAAUUUUUGUUUUAAGAGUAGGUCACGUUUCCAUCUCCUGAGUGGGUCUGGUUGUCACGGAUCUUUGCUCAUAGCACAGAAAUGCUGGAUUUGGUGUCCAGUAUUAACACUGAUACUGAUAAAGAAGCUAACUACGUAGGCUUGCAUCAAGCCAACUCUGACAUAACAUCUACAAGCCAUGAUCGUAGCAGAACAUAACAUAUUCCAGAUAGGCCGUUAUCUCUUGAUAAUGAUUGGUCUUUAGCUAGUUAAGAAACAUGGUGAAGUAACUAUUACUUAACUUAUUUAGUCCGUCAGAUCAGCGCAAGUUAUCAAAUUGUGACGUAGCUAUUUUAUGACGUUUAUCUUGCCAUGUGUACAUGGUGCAGAGAAGAGUCUUGUGAGGCUCUCCAUUGAUGUGAUCGGGGACAGGGAGAAUACUGUGAAUAUAUGACGUUAAUUAGCCAGCAGGAGGACCAGGGGAGAGAAUGUUGAACAGUCCAGCCACAAGCUAACGCACUAGCCAGCAACAUUAUCUACUACACGGGCGUAGAAGGGUGACCUUUGUCAUUCGUUCAAAAGGAUUAUUAUUACUGCAGGAGUGUAGCGGGUGUGGCUCGCGCGAAGAAGACGGUCGGAAUGGAGAGCGAUUGUCGGAUCAUCAGCUGCCUCAGACCGCGAUUCCUGGCCUUGCACGCGCUCUUCUGGGGACUGAUAUCCCUCAGAGUGUUUGGUGCAGCUUUUCUGAGUGAAGAAAAGACUCCAGUGACUCAUGCCGUGACCAUGCCCUGCUGGCAGGUGGAGGAGUUUGUGGUAUCAGCAGAGUGCGCCCAGUGUAAUGCGUUCCAGUCGAAGACGUUGGCGGCCUGCAGCCCCACGGGAUUCGUGGAGAAAAUCAACUGUGCCAAGUCCACGAAGGACGAGUACAAGAGCUGCCGCUCCGCCCUCAUGGAGGAGAGACUCUUCUGGAAGUUUGAGGGCACCAUGGUGGGCCUGACCGUCCUCUUCGCCCUGGUGGUCGUCGCCCGGCAACGCUCAUUAGACCGCCUGGCGUCCGAAAAAGUCAGACGGCAGAUCGAGUCCAUCUAGCAUCCCCGCCCCCCCUCCCUCCCAAGGGAAGAUACGGGGUGGGGGAACUGCAUGACCUAAACCAGGCACACCUGCAAAAAAACAAAAUCUCAACCACACCCAAGAUCACAAGUGCUGCUUGUUUGACCACUCCUGGCUGUGGUCGGGGAGGAAGCCACACAUCAGUUAAAGGCGUACUGUUGAACCGUGAUCCUGUAAAAUACUCUACCGGAUUUUAAUUUUUUCAAUUAAUUUUUACAUUUUAUUAUCAAGGGCAGUUUGGAUUCUCUCUUCUGGAAAAAAUGUGAAGACAUAAAAGGUUAACAGGAGGUGUUCGUAUUAAUUAUAUAAUUUUUAUUAUUUAAUAUUGGGUCUGGAAUGCAUGAGGACAUCCCUACCCGCUCCCUGUCUUUACAGAUUCUGCAAGUCUGGUUUGGAGUUCAUCUACAACACAAAGUGGCGAUAACCAUAUUAUCAGUGAAUCGGUGAUGUAUUGUACUGGGCCUGCUGGUCAUGCAGAUGACUCAUGGACCGUUACCCCUGACCCCUGACGUCAGCCCAGGCUGGACAUGAAAAAGAUUAAAGUCGGGUCCUCUGGUUCGGGGGGAGCAUAAACGGUUAAUUGGCCUGCAGUUGGGGUAGGACAGUUGUGACCGCGGUGAUUUUUGACCGCGUGUUCUGCUGGACUCAAAAGUGGGAACGUCAGCUUGUUUGAUCGUCGCCCCCCAACUCCCACCCCCCCCCCCCCCCGUGCCCCAAGCUCCUCGUAAGGGCCAUUUCAGCUUAUGCCGCUAAGCCUGUUCUCGUGAUAAAUUUUUUUAAAAUGACUGUGAGGCCUGGUGUUACAUUCAGUGAAAUUUUUGGGUGGAUGUUAAAAGUGAAGCAUGUUUUGUAUAUAAGUGUAGAUAAGAAAACCUACCACUAAGUUCAUUAACCUUUUUUUGUAAUAUAUAAGCGUACGUUUUUAACAAAGUACCAUAGACUGCGAGAUUUGUACCUGGAGUGGAGAUGCGUACAUCUGAUUUUCAGUAGUCAAGCCUGUUUUCGGGAACAACCUGCGUUGAAAGGAUACGAGGCGUUUGGAGAUGGUCAGGCUUUUACAAUGGCGGUGUGCGGUGCUCCCGGUAUAGCCUCAGCCUUUGGAUUCAAACUGAGCGGACGGUUAAGAGACAAAGCACAACUCUGGACAUUACUCUUAAUUUCUGUACUAAUUGGUGCCGGGCUAACGGAGGCCGCAGCGCAGAGCUGUCGGUGUGCCGCGUAAACUUGGUGUUCUGGGUGCGGUCGUGCUGGAUGGGAACCGCGAGACCUGUAACGGGGUGGAGUAGUUCUCCAUUGUUUGCUGAAACCCAAGGUCAUGCUGAGUCUUGACUGGGGGGGGAGGAGUUUAUAUUCCCAGCAUGCUUCACUCUGCUGCUGUGUAUGUCAGAGACAGGGAUAUGCGCUUGAUGUGUUUUUCUAGCCAUUGGAACUUUGUGAUCAGGUCUUUCCUGAACAAAGAAAGUCGACAACCGAUUUUAAAUGCAGUGGGUAGUAAUGCUCGGAAAAAUUCCUAGUUUUUGUGACCGUUUGCCAUCGAUCGGUUCUCCUUUCACCAGCGAAUAGUUCAGAGGAGGUUUAUUGGUCAUCUGGACUGCAUGGCAUGUUUGUUUCAUGAGGACAAUUAAACAAAAAAAACGAAAAUUCCGGUUGUCAGUGUUACUCCAGUCUAAUGGUCUUAAGUAUUAAUAAAGAUGCUGUUUGCCUCAGAGAGAGACUCCAGUCAAAGAGCAUUUAUAGCACUGACUGUUUCUACUAAUGAAGACAGCUGUGUGUAUGCACUGAGUUAAGAUCAGCUUCAGCCAUUUAAAGCAAACGUUGCACAUAUCCCUAUGACAUCAUCUGUCUGAUCCCUAUGACAUCAUCAGUCAGAUCCCUGUGACAUCAUCCGCUUAACCCACACUUGAUCCUCAUUGUAUGAGGAUGGGUUGCGGUGCUCUCGACCAGUGUUCCUUCUCAGCUAAUCCUGGCGAUGUGAAGAUCUUCAUGUAAUGGGGAUCCCUCACUCCAUGUUUGUGUCCUACUGUAAGCCAAUCCAGGUUGAUUAAGGAUCUGUGAAUCUGUACAGCAGCUGGGGAGGUCAUUCUUUCAGUCAAAGAGAGACUGGAAUUUCCUGGUUCCGAACCUGGUCGAUCCAGUUUGUGGAUAAUGGUAGAUUGCAUGUCCAGUUGUGGAUACCCUUUUUUUUACCAUCCUGGAUUAAUGCUGUUGCAAAAGCAGAUUUGUGUUCUGUAUUUAUUGGGGGUUUGGUAGAAUUCCGUGUGUGUGUGUGUGUAUAUAUACCAGUGUUUUUAGCUUUGCUGCAGAGGAGUUGCUGGAUUGGCUGCUACUGCGAGUAUUACCUGGCAUGUAAAAUAACAGCAAAACUAGGACUGGGCGAUAUAUAUCGCAGUGAUAAUUAUCGCGUGCAAGAACGGUCGUCGCCACCGCGUGGUGUACCGCCUUUCUUUUUGUCUUUUUCUCUUUAAUUAUGCCUGACGCGAUAGCAAACAACCACGCUUUUGGAGGAGACUUUUGGAGUCACCUAUUGCUUGACCGUAAGACAGCCAGCAAGGCCUUGCAGCUUCCGCGCAAUUGGCAGAAACACAUCACAUGAUCACACGGAAGCUGUGCGACCUUGCUGCUGAUUGGCUGUCUUGGCUGUCAACACCCAGUAGGUAACAGCGGUUACGUUUUUCUCUGGAAGCAUUUUACACAGCCUCUUUAGUUGUUUAGUAACGCUUCAGGUAUAAUUAAAAAGAAGACAAAAGAAAGGUGAUACACUAUACGGUGGCGACGACCAUUAUUGCACGCGAUAAUUAUCACUACGAUAUAUCGCCCAGCCCUAAGCGAAACAUGUAAUUGUGUCAAGCUUGCUACCUUUUUUUGGGGGGGAGGGGGUAAACUACACGCCCCUGCAAAUAAUUUUAAAAGGUAACAUGCUUCUUGUAAGAAUUUGAACAGCUGAAGUUGCUAUAGUGUUCUGUUUCAGUGGCUGCCAAUAGCGUGCUGCUCCGGUGAUGCUCAAGUAUCCCCGCUGGUGGCCUGCCAGGCUGGGGGUUUUCAUUUGUUCUCUUCAGUCAGGGACUGAGGCAGAUCUUUGACCCCAUUUGAGUGGGGUCACUGACCAGUCUGUGAUAAGAAUCAAUUAACAUGCAUCAGUGUACUGUCUUGGUUCCCUUGCUCUUUGCCUUGGUCCUGUUGAGCCAAAGGAUCUGUCUCUCCGAUUGGUAUCUGCAACCCACUUAAUGAAUGAAUGCAUUUACUGCAAUCCUCCUCUUAAUAAAAUGGAGCCCAACUUAUGUUCAAAUAUGGAAUUAAAAUGUUUGCAUUUUUAAGUAGUGCUGUGCAUGUGAUGAGUACAGUAUUUAAUUCUGACUGCUAUGAAUGGUGAUGGAAUCUGUGAAACAAGGAGUCACCCCCCCCCCCCCCCAAAUAAAAGCCUCAUGACCAGCAGUGGGUGCCAAAAGCAUCUGUUGGCCCAAAGCGAGCACUUUGCGGGGGGCACUUCCAUUUUAGUCCUGCCGACAAAGUGAUGUUGCGUAAAAGGGUGUUGUAAAUGUUUACAGAAAGGCGAAUGUUAAUUUCUCACUUCUAUGGAGAGGGAGUGGCGUGGCAUUUCAGUGGUGGGUUGGGCUGUGCUGUGGUGCCUCAAUUUAAGAUGUAUAUCUGGAAUCAAAUUUGUCUUGAACUUGUCUUUUUUUUUUUUUUGCUUCCUGCCUCCUCUACUGUAAAUGUAUUUUUAUAAAACAAUGUGGGACUCAGCUUUCCUUUGACGGACAAAGGAAAUGCUGCAAUGAAAGAGACUCAAUCUUA